AUGGACAAACCCAGCCUCCAGAGACUGUUUUCAGCGUGUGACAUUAAUAAAUCUGGUGUGAUUGAAUACGAAGACUUUACAGUUGUUUGUCGAGAGCUGAAUGUGCCUGAAGACGAAAUCAAAACUUUAUUCAACAAAUUCGGCGCUAGUGAAGAUGGAUGUAUCAAUUACAGCAAUUUCUCGUCACGGUUUCAAGAGGUUUCUGAAACAUUGGAUUUAGCCUCUUUUGGAUCGUCUCCUCAAAGUCAAGGGAAACCCUGGGACGAGUUCCAGAGCAUGAUGGACGAUGCAACCGGUCUCCUCUCAGGAAGGUAAAUCUGGUGGUUGGUGUGAAUUGUUUGACAAAGUUGCACCUGCUAUUACAGCUGUUACAACAGACUGUGGGUGUAAUAUGUAGAUAUUCGUUAUGCGUUCAUCCCUCUGAUUUUAUAAAUAUGUAAAAUUGAGAAAUGAUGCUUGUCCAUAAUCUCUAUAUUCUUUCAGACUGCGGGAUCAAUUGGCUGAACUGUACCAAGCCAUGUAUUCCACCUCAGAACCUUUGUUGUUGCAACAAUAUGAGGGACUUGUUGAUGCUCUUGUCAGUGAGAGCAAGGACCACAGGCUUGAGAGUGAGCAGCUGGAAACCAGUUUGAGAAGGUAGGGAUUCUGUCAUAGAAGCAUCUCUUGGCUCAGAUUCCACAAUAAGAGGAGGAAAACAAUAUAUUGAGAAACAAUCUACCAAAUGUAUAUUGUCUGAAUUAUGUUAUCUUCACGAAUGGAACAUAUUUACAUAUCAGUUAACUUUGACAUUUGCCUGUUUGUGUUACUAAAAACACAUAUGUAGUGUUUAUGUUGUGGGAUAUCCAUGUAACAGUGUUUCAAUCAAGAUCAGGCCUGAGCUGUUAAUCAGUUAACAUUUACAAAUGUGAGUAUUGAUUGUGCCAGUAUGCUUCCCACAGUAAGGUGAUUAUCAUCAGACAGAAUUGCAUGUUUCCAGCUACUGAAUUGUAACCCUAGAUGGGGUGGAGUUGCUUUCAUGGUUCAGAGGCUGCAUUACAUGAUAGGGAUGACAUUUCUCACCCAAUGAAGUAGUUUUAAAUGAGUUGCUAUUCUUGUCCCUUUUUAGAUUUCCAUUUAGGCCUAAUCCUAACGCAAAUUAAUGUGCCUGUAAAACCCAAAAUUCUGACACGAAUAUAGAAUAUUUGCUAAUCAGUGGCAAGACGUGCUGUAUUUUGAUUUGUUCAAUCUCACACUGCAAAUCUCAGUCUUGUGAACCUGUGGUAUUUGCCUCCUAGGGGCCCUCCCAUGUCUCUUGACUAGCUGGACCAAGUGUUGUCACUUGAUUAUGAGAAAACACAUUUAACUGAAUAGUGCCCCGCCCGCUCAAAGUACACCCCUAUAUGAAAACACAUGGGCAAUGGAUACAUAUGGAACAGAUAUGAUUGGAACCAAAAGGUGUAGUUAUAUGUGCUGUGUUGCUGCUGUGUUUGAAGAUGUUAUCGCUUGCAAACCAUAUUUUUGAUUUGUUCACCUUAUAUUCUGACUCAUCACUUUUGCUGGACUAGUGUUGGGGAAUUUGUUUUGCAUUUGAUGGACAUCCAGGGCCGACGUGUAAAUGGUAUGUACCUCUGUGUGCCGACAGAACAGAGGAGCUGAACACCAGUCAGUUGACAGAGCUGGAGGAGGACAUGCAGCAGCAGCUUGCCUGUGUAGAGGACAGGGUGAGAGAAGAGGUAAGUGACAUAUUAUGAGGACUUAUUUACUACAGUAUAUUCUACACAUUGUGCUAGAAAAAAAAAUAUAUCAUUCUAACAUCAAGUAUUUAAGAACUAAAAAUAAACAAAACAAGCAAAUAACAAGCAAGCUAAGUCAUUAAAAAGGCAUUGGUGUCAUUGAAAACGUACCUUAGAAAUGUUUUUUUUUUAAUGAAUGAGAAAAAGUUGAGUAAUAUAGACUUAUACUGGGGCAAAUAGUUUGUUGGAAAUGAAGAUUAAACUGUUUUUAUUUCAAGAGGGGCUAGGCCAGGGACACUCCUCCCUGCAGCAUUCCUCCUUGCCUCGGCACAGGUGUUUAUCCGCAUAUUUGUGGUAGAGGAAUUCACUUUUAGAGAAGGGAGAGCAGCUAGCUCAAACUCUCACAAAGGCCCCUUUAUAAAGUUUUGUGAAAGCCCCUCUUUUAGUCCAGUGCAAAUGAGCAAAGUUGUCUCUCAUUGGGUUUCUUGUCUGUAGGAGCGAAAGAGAAUGGAGGGAGUCAUGGCUGCACUCCAGAGAAGGCAUGAGAAUGAGGUGGCAGACCUGCAUACUGUUAUGGACAGGUUGUUAAAGGUAGGUGUCAUCCGUUUGAAACAGGUUUUGUGACCUAUUUCACCUAUUGACCUAUUAUUGUUGGUGUUGAAAGGUUAUUUAAUGUUUCCCAAGGAUUGCCACUCUUAUCCGUUAACACUACUUUAUUUACCUAGAUUCAGGCAGUCUUGGAUGUGAAUAUGAUUUCAGUUGAUGCUUAAUCAUAUCUAUGAUUAAUUUGAAAUAAAUUGAAAUGUUUUCAUUGUAGUCCCAAGGGGAAUCUGAACUCAACAGUUCCAGGCAGGAUGUUGACAAACUACAUAACCAAAUAAGUGAACUGAUUCAGGUACGUUGGAUCAGUUAGACACAUAACUGUAUCUUAAGUCCCAUUUACAGUGCAUUCGGAAAGUAUUCAGACCCCUUGACUUUUUCCACAUUUUGUUAUGUUACAGCCUUAUUCUAAAAUUGAUUAAAUUGUUUUGUUUUUUCCCUCAAUCUACACACAGUAUCCCAUAAUGACAAAGCAAAAACAGGUUUUUAGAAAUGUUUGCAAAUGUAUUAAAAAUAAGACUGAAAUAUAAUAUUUACAUAAGUAUUCAGACCCCUUACUCAGUACUUUGUUGAAGCACCUUUGACAGCGAUUAUAGCCUCAAGUCUUCUUGGGUAUGACACUACAAGCUUGGCACACCUGUAUUUGGGGAGUUUCUCCCAUUCUUCUCUGCAGAUCCUCUCAAGCUCUGUCCGGUAUUUUCAGGUCUCUCCAGAGAUGUUCGAUCGGGUUCAAGUCCAGGCUCUGGCAGGGCCAGUCAAGGACAUUCAGUGACUUGUCCUGAAGCCACUCCUGCAUUGUCUUGGCUGUGUGCUUAGGGUCAUUGUCCUGUUGGAACGUGAACCUUCGCCCCAGUCUGAGGUCCUAAAUGCUCUGGAGCAGGUUUUCAUCAAGGAUAUCCGUUCAUCUUUCCCUCGAUCCUGACUAGUCUCCCAGUCCCUGCCACUGAAAAACAUCCCCAGAGCAUGAUGCUGCCACCACGAAGCUUCAACCUGGGGUUGGUGCCAGGUUUUCUCCAGAGGUGACUCUUGGCAUUCAGGCCAAAGAGUUCAAUCUUGGUUUCAUCAGACCAGAGAAUCUUGUUUCUCAUGGUCUGAGAGUCCUUUAGGUGCCUUUUGGCAAACACCAAGCGGGCUGUCAUGUGCCUUUUACUGAGGAGUGGCUUCCGUCUGGCCACUCUACCAUAAAGGCCUGAUUGGUUGAGUGCUGCAGAGAUGGUUGUCCUUCUGGAACGUUCUCCCAUCUCCACAGAGGAACUCUGGAGCUCUGUCAGAGUGACCAUCUGGUUCUUGAUCACCUCCCUGACCAAGGCCCUUCUCCCCCGAUUGCUCAGUUUGGCCGGGUGUCCAGCUCUAGGAAGAAUCUUGGUUGUUCCAAACUCUUUCCAUUUAAGAAUGAUGGAGGCCACUGUGUUCUUGGGGACCUUCAAUGUUGCAGAACAUUUUUGGUACCCUUCCCCAGAUCUGUGCCUCGACACAAUCCUGUCUCGGAGCUCUAUGGACAAUUCCUUCGACCUCAUGGCUUGGUUUUUACUCUGACAUGCACUGUCAACUGUGGGACCUUUUAUAUAGACAGGUGUGUGCCUUUCCAAAUCAUGUCCAAUCAAUUGAGUUUACCACAGGUGGACUCCAAUCAAGUUAUAGUAACAUCUCAAGGAUGAUAAAUGGAAACAGCACCUGAGCUCAAUUUUGAGUCUCAUAGCAAAGAGUCUGAAUACUUAUGUAAAUAAGGUAUUCAUUUUUUUAUUUGUAAUAAAUUAGCAAACAUUUCUACAAACCUAUUUUUUCGCUUUGUCAUUAUGGGGUAUUGUGUGUAGAUUGAUGAUUUGUAUUUAUUUAAUCAAUUUUAAAAUAAGGCUGUAACGUAACAAAAUGUGGAAAAAGGGGUCUGAAUACUUUCCGAAUGCACUGUACAUUAUUUCCUGUACACUUUCCAGUAAUGUUCUACAUAUUACAUGAUCUCUCCUCAGGAAAAUGAGCAGUUACGGACUUCUCUCUUCAAAGCUCAGACAAACGUCUCCAUUCUGCAGGUAGAGAUGGACAAGCUGAAGAACAUGUAUGCAGACCAGAAACUUCAGCAUGAGAGGUGAGAUCACCGACUUCAUGCUCAGGUCCAAUGGAUCAAGUCCAACUCAGUAAAUACAGACUAGUUGAUAACAAAUGUUGUAUUUGUCUAUUUUCACAGAGAAAGUGAUGAACUGAAAAAGAUGGUUAUUGAAUACCAGUCUUACUCCAGUCACAUUGAAAUUCUCCAGUAAGUCUGUCUGACCCAAUUUGUUCGUUAGUACAGUAUGGCCUUUCAUGAUGAUUGUUUUUGUUGCAUCGUAGUCAAGCAUGUGUCAAGCAUAGCUUUGAGUCAUGCAUGCACACCUUAUGCUCAUUAUCAUGAAUGCUGACUCUACUCUAAUGGUGGCAGGCUAAAAGAUUAGUAAAGUAUCUGAUAUGUCUCUACAUUGACUCCUUCCUUAUAGGGCCAUGAACAAAAAGCUGUAUGACAGCAAUGAUGGCUUGCGCUCUGCCUUAGUCAACGAUGUGGCAUCAAGUAAAAGGAGGGUAAGUCUUGGUUGUUUUCACUCAAGAUAAAGAAGACUCACAUUACCCCUUUAUAUUUACAUUUAUAAGGCAUCUCUACAAUGCUUUAGUUUAUUUGUUUACAAAGUGUAACAAAUCUUCCUCCCCACAGCUAUCCCCCAACAAUGAAAUUCCAGCUCGAAGAAUGAAGCCAGUUCGACAGAGCACGCUUAUAAAGUACACAUACUAUAUUUUAAUCCUAGAAAUCUGGACCUAUUGAUUAAUAAUAUUAAUUGACCACUUAACUAAUGUUUUAAUUUUUUCAUCCCUAUGUUGAGUCCAGUUCAGAGGGAGAGCACACAACUGUAGGCUCCAGUAAAACGACCAACUCCCAUGUAGCCAGCUGGGCUGAUGCAUACCUGGACAGCGGUGUGUCCUUGCCUAUGGACACUACUGAAAGCUCAGGCAGCGAGUCUGACAGUGAUGACUCUGCAGAAACAGUACACCAUAGUUAUUCAUAUGAGCCCUCAGACAUCGAGGUAAGGGUAACUGCAAGGUUUGACCAACUACUAUUUUAUUAGUAUGUUUCACAUUCUAAUACAUGAAUGUACCUAUUUCUGCACCAGAUAUCAGAUGUGAAAUUGGAAGCAAGUCAGGCAACACUGUCUGUAGCUCCCAGCAAAGCUAGCUCCAUUGCUUCGUCCAUCCGGAGACGCUUGUCUGCUUUCCCAAUAAAGGUAAGGCUAUGAGCUGAGAUGCUCAGUUUUGAAGCACAGUAAGACAUUUGUGUAUGGAGGCUUAUGUGGAAUUGGUAUAUGCUGCUGACAUAUGGUAUCUGUAUUAUUUUCCAUAACUAACUAAUGCUACUUGGUCCUCAGCAAACAGAAGCAGACCUUGUUGACACUGGUGGCCCUGAGUGCCCUGGUCCCAUGUACCGGUUAGUUUUGGCAGGAGAUGCAGGAUCAGGGAAGUCCAGCUUUCUGUUGAGGUUGAGUCUCAAUGAGUUCAGGGGAGAUAUUCAGACAACGUUGGGUAAGUACAUGUACAGUAACAGUUUUUGAUAGUGGUAGAAUAAAUGCAGAAAGUGCAUUGCUAUUUCCAUUACAUGUUGUUCGUAGGAGUUGAUUUCCAAAUCAAGAAGAUGUUGGUGGACGGAGAAAAAACGAACCUCCAGAUAUGGGAUACUGCUGGACAAGAGAGGUAUGUUUCUGUACAUUGACAUAGUAAAAGCAAAUACAAAUAAAUAAAAAUAAAUAGUUGUCCCAUAAUGUGUCUUUGGUGAUGUGGCUGUUACAGAUUCCAAAUGAUCAUGUAAUAUCAAAAGAUAAAUGGGAUUUCCCUGUUACUGUAGGUUCCGCAGUAUUGCCAGGUCUUACUUCCGUAAAGCUCAUGGAGUCUUACUGCUGUAUGAUGUCACUUCUGAGAGCAGCUUCCUUAAUGUCAGAGAGUGGAUGGACCAGAUUCAGGUAGCAGUCCCAGUGGAGGGGUUUUAUGGUCCUCGUGAUUAAAAAAACAACUUGGAAUGGGAUGCCAAAAUAACAGGUGUCUUUUAUUACAGGCAGAUUUUUAAAUGUGUUACUAUAUUUCAGUUUGAGGCCAUAAUGGUAUUUUCAGUUAUAUACAAUAUAAAGGAACAAUUAUGAUUACGCAUAAAUCAGGAACUUACUGAAGAACAAACUGCCCUUGUUAUCCCAGGAAUCCACGGAUGAGCACCUCCCAAUGUGUGUAAUUGGGAAUAAAGUGGACCUGCGGGAAGACCGACCAGAAGGAAGCUGUGUCAGCACUGUUGAUGGGGAAAGGCUGGCUAGGGUACAACCUCUUUUUAGCAGUCAAAAUAACAAGAUGUUCAUGGGUCCAUAAAAUAAAUAUGAAUCACAAUAUUACCAUGUGUUUCAGACAUACAAUGCCCUGUUCUGUGAAACUAGUGCCAAAGAGGGAACUAAUGUAGUGGAGGCAGUACUUCACCUGGCAAGGUAAGAAUCUUAAAGCCCCUUCCCAUCCAACCCCUACACUUCCCUACCACGAAUACCUAAACUAUAACUGAGCUCUUACCAUUUUUUCCUAACAGAGGAGUUAAGAAAAGUGUGAAACUGAGACGGCAAUCAGAGUCACAGGUGAAGUUGAGUUUAAGCAGUUCAAAGAAAGCUCUGACCAACUGCUGCAGAGUAUAACCAUGGAGGCCCAUCACUUCACACAAUGGAAUGCAUCUGACUGGAGACUAGGGAGGAUGGGGGCUCUAUUUUAGCACCACAGCUUUUGUGAUUGAGAACUUAUUUUGUGAUGCAGAGCUGUUUUGUGUAGUAUUUCUGCUCUCUGUAAAUAGUAGCUAAAUACGUAUAAGAAAUCUGAGAUUACUGUAAAGUUAGCAAAACUGUAGAUAUCUAAUUCAUAUUUUUUAAGUUUAAUCUAAGUAAUUGACCAAUCUUUAGCAAUAGUCAACUCCUGAAAUGCAAUGGUCCUGAACAGGUGGCACAAAACUGAUCUGGAGCAUAUACAGUGGGGAGAACAAGU